CAGUCUCUUAAGACGGCCCUGCUACGCGAGUCCACCUGUGCUUCCGGAGGGCUGGCUCGGUAGCCAAGGAAGGGAGAAGGUUGGAAACAACCAGAUUACAAGGGCCCCCCCUGGUCUGCUGACUCUGGUGCCUGAAGCUGUGCGGGCAGCCCCUGUGCCAGCUUGGCUUGAAAAUCAUUAUGGAAUUUACUAGCUGGUCCACGCACGCAUGGCUGCUGUAAGAUUUCUCAGGACAUCUAGGGCAAGCGGGGCUUGCUCUGGCCCUUCCUGGAUCUAUAGCCUGCCAGAAGUUCCUAUGUUACGGAGACAGAGUGUCGUGAGGGCGAUUAGUUUAAGGGAUGUCAGUCCCAAUUCUUUGUAAUAGAUUGAUCGUUUUCAGGAUAGCUACUUUGAAAUGGAACCUCCUAUAUCCUCCUCAGGCCUGAAUCCCGGGACUAACACUCCCAUAUAGUCACAGAAUAAUCCUGUAAAUGGUUUGAUUCCAGCUUUGCUUAGUCCAAGUAAUUACUAAUUUUAUACUGCAGAGUGAAAAAAUACUAGACAGUUAUAGCACAUCCAAUCUUUCUGAGACUGUGUGGUGCUUGAAAUUUGUACUCCUUUUCAAAUGUGAGAGAUGGCUUGCUGUGAUGAGAGAAAUGGACCUCGGGAUUGAGGGAGAGGGCUGGAAUGUUUCUGAAAGGGAAGGGAGAUGACGCUGCUAUUCGGACAGUCUCCUUCCAUCAUUCUCUCAUCAUAUGCUUUUCUUCUGUCCCUUCACAUUAUCACCAGUUUCUAAACUCUCUUAAAUGUAUUCUCUCUGGGUGCACUGAUCCACCCUGAAAGAUUUGCCUAAAUCUAGAAAGUUUUGCCUAAAGCUUUGUACUGUAUUAUGCACUAAAAAAAUAAAAGACAAUGAAAGAUGAAUUUGGAAAGCCACGGUUCACUCAGGGUCCACCUCAUAUAUUUUGCCACAACCGUCAAACAAGUGUUUGUGAGCUACAGACUGUCUGACAACAUUGAAGUUACUCUUAGGAAGCAUGGGCUCCAAACCACCUUGCCCUGUCUACUGGAAUUCUCGGAUCUGCUGUCAUUCUGGGAUGUAGCCAUUUAUUUCUCGGCACAAGAGUGGGAAUGCCUAGGCCCCACUCAGUGGAAUUUGUACAGGGAUGUGAUGCUGGAGAAUUUCAGCAACCUUGAGUUCCUGGGUGAGGAAUACUUCCAUGGUCUUGCUUCCUGUAAGCCAUACCUCGUGACAUUUCUGGAGCAAAGACAAGAGCCUUCGGAGGUGAAGAGACAAGCAGCAGCUGCCGUGCACCCAGGAAUAAAAUGCUAUACAUGUCAAGACUGUGGCAAAGCCUUUGAUUGGAACUCACACCUUAUUAAACACCAGAGAAUUCAUUUAAGCGUGAAGCCCUAUAGGUGUGAAGAAUGUGGCAAGGCCUUCCAUGCUCCAUCAUUACUUUCUGUGCACCAGAGAGUCCAUACAGAAGAGAAGUCUUACAAAUGUGAAGAAUGUGGCAAAAUGUUUUAUUAUUCCUCAAAGCUUAAGGAGCAUCAAAAAAGUCACUCUCAAGAGAAACCCUUCAAGUGUGAAGUGUGUGGCAAGGCCUUCAGAUCUUCUUCACAUCUUUAUACUCACUUGGGAAUCCAUUCUGGAGAGAAACCCUACAAGUGUAAAGUAUGUGACAAGGUCUUUAGAACUUCCUGGCAACUUUCUAGUCAUGUGAGAGUCCAUUCUGGAGAGAAAGCCUACAAGUGUGAACAAUGUGGAAAAGCCUUCUCUACUCAUUCGUACCUUUCUCAACACAAAUUAGCUCACACUGGGGAGAAACCUUACAAAUGUGAAGCAUGUGGCAAACUGUUCUACUGUACUAAAAACCUUAAGGAGCAUCAAAGAAUUCAUUCUGGAGAGAAACCCUAUAAGUGUACCGAAUGUGGCAAAGACUUCAGAACUUACACAGCACGUUCGAAACACCAAAGAAUUCAUACGGCAGAGAAACGUUACAAGUGUGGCGAAUGUGGCAAAACCUUUCACCAGUCUUCUGGUCUUAAGCAGCAUCAAAGAAUUCAUCUGUGAGAGAAACCACACAAAUGUUAAGACCAUGCCAAUGACUUUUGUACUAAGAAAUUUUAAAAUACCUAAGACUUUAUACUGAAGAGAUGUGAAAAAUGUUGCAAGCCCUUUAAUACACUUUCUAAUAUUCCUCAACAGAAGGUAGUUCAAAGUGCAGUCAAAUAGUAAAAAUGUUAAAAUGUUCAUAAAAUGUUUUACACUUCAAAUGAUAUCAAAAAAUUCAAUCUGAGGGCUGGAGAAAUGGCUCAGUGGUUAAGAGUAUGUACUUCUUUACCUAGUUCAGGCCUUAAUAAUUUACCUUUAUACAUAAUUUAUAUAUAAAUUAGCUGCUAAUUUAUCUUUUGGUCUCUCACCUCACACAUACAUACAUUCAGGCUAAGCAUCAAUUCACAUAAAAUAAACAUAAACUAUUUUAAAGAUUCAGUCUGAAUAGAAACUGUAUGUGUGGGGAAUGUGGGAAAGCCUUUGGAAUCAUUGAGACCUUACUCAGCACACACAAAAAAAAAAACUGAAAGUAGAGAAGUGAAUAUACACAAGUGAAGAAUGUGGUAAGCAGUUUUAUGAUGCAAUCAACAUUUCUGACCUCCACAGAACUUAUCCCAGAGAGACACCACAACUGUGACAGGUGUGACAAUGUUUUUAAAGUCACCUUAGACUUUAAAAGGAAAGCACUCAUACUGAACAACAACCUACCAAAUGUAAAGAGUGUUGAGGUUCUAUAUGUUUUGUAUGUUACUCUUACUCAGCCCUUGUUGAACAUUCAAAGAAGUCACACAUGAGAGAGUCUCUGCAAAUGUACAAAAUAUGGCCAUUGUAUUUGUUCUGCCCAGUUCACGAACCCCAAAAGACCAGGAAUAAAUAGAAUCCACUGUAAAUAUAUGAGGUUCUUUUUAUUGUAAAUUACAAGCUGCAGCUUGGGCCCAUACCCACCACCGCUUCAAAGCAGUGGUAGCCCAGAGCGCAGUGCUCAGGUUACUUGGAUGAUUUAAAGAUUCUGGUCCAUCCCACCAUGCCAAAGGCAGGGGCAAUUCCUGCCUGGCAAGCAUCUAUUGGUCAAAAUGCUACAUUUUGAAUCGAUUGGCUACAGGGUCCCCAGACCAUAAUGACCUGGUGUCCCUCCCUAGGGGGAUGGUCCAGUUUCCUAGCAACUGUAUCUUGGUUGCUAGGAAAGAAUUCUUAGCUGCUAUUUAUUAAAGACCUGAACUAGGUGAGUGGAGAAGUCUAGUAAUGCCCUGAGGGGAAGGACCUCCUUACUGCAUUUUUCCCCACCCAUUAAGAUACAGUUGCUAGGAAACUGGCCCAUCCCCCCCUAGGGAGGGACACCACCAGGUUAUUAUGGUCUGGGAAUCUUCCUAUAGCCAACCGAUUCAAAAUGUAGCAUUUUAGCCAAUAGAUGCUUGCCAGGCAGGAAUCGCCCCUGCCUUGGGCAUGCUGGGAUGGAUCAGAAUCUUUAAAUCACCCAACUAACUUGGGCAUGGGGUGCUCGGCUCCCAUCUGCUUUGGCGGUGGGGGUGUGUGGGCCCAAGCUGCAGCUUGUAAUUUACAAUAAAAAAGAACCUCAUGUAUUUACAGCAGAGUCUGUUUAUUCCUGGUCUUUUGGGGUUCGUGAACUGGGCAAAACAAUAUUUAGCUGUUCUUUAGUCCUCUGGAAAAAUCAUGGGGUUCAUGUUUGCAAGGAACACUACAAAUGCUCAGAUUGUACCUGACCUUUAUACCUGAAGUGUCCCCAGAGAAUACUCUAGAGGGAAACUCUUUACACCCAAACUGUGAGGAAAAAUUAAAAAAAUAUUUUUGAUCAUUAUCAGCACCAAAGAAUCUACAUUGAUAAGAAGCUCUUCAAAUGCUGAUGUCCUAUUUUGCUUUUGUUCUCAAUUUCACACAGCCAAGCAAUAUGUGAGACUCUCAAUCUGGAUCAUAUUGGUCCAUGGGCAUGUCUAUGUUUCGUGGAUGCUUAUUGAUGUGAGAGAAUCUAGACAAAUUUGUAUGAUGCCAGUGCACCUUGGCUUUGCCACACCUGGUCAGGUGCUCCUGAUUGUAGAAGAUGCUUGCUGAGCAGAAGUCAAAGGGCAUGGGCCAGAAAGCAGAAUUCUUCUCUCGUUCUAUUUCACUUGCUGCCUUAGAUUCCUGUUUUGUUUCCUGCCCUGGUUCCCAUUGAUGAUGAAGUACAGCCAGUGAACUGAAAUGACCCUUACCCCCCGCUAAGUAGUUUCUGGUUAUCGCAUUUAUCACAGCAACAGAGAUCCAACUAAUACAGUAAGGAAUGUAGGACACUUUCCACUCUUUACAUCCCACUUAUCAUCAGAGCCUCCAUGAUGGAAAACAAUAUUCUAAUAAGUGAUGAGUGAAUUCAUAUGACUCAGGCAGAAAUUUUGUCUAACAUAUAAACAUCAUAGAGCAAAUUACAGCAGAAAACAUUGUAUAAAGACAAAUUGUGGAGCAAAGUGUUGUCAUACCUUAGUAAUGAAUAUAAGGGAAUUAAUGUAGGAGGACAAUAACAUUAAAGUGUUACAUUGGAAAACAUGAGGUAUUGCUUGGAAUUUAUGUGCCAUUAUUGUUUGAUGUGAUGGAAAGAAGCAAGUCAUCGAUAUCAGAAUCAUUCAGUGCACUCAAGUCGGAGGAUGUCGAUUUGUUAUAAAACCAAAUUGUUACAUAGCCCAGGAUAUUGGAAAUCCUGGGAGUAUAAAGGGAGAAAGUACAGGAUCUACUAUAGAAAGCUGCAAACAAUAGGUAGAGCAUGCCUAGAAAAGAGGUUCUGUGGUCUUCAGGUGAAGCUAGAAGGGUAGAGCCACAUAAGUUCCUAGGAACCAGCAUGAGGGCAUCACAAGUCCCAGAUGAGAAAAGUGUAGUCAGGCUGGGCAUUUGCCUCCUGGAUUUUGGUCUGAUCCUUCCUUGCUAUGUUAUGAUUAUUCUGCUUUAGAAUAGGAAUGUUUGUUCUGUGAAAAUCUUUGGUGGAAUGCCAGAGCCCACCAACAAAGUUGAAUGGUUCUUGAGCCGGCAGUGAGGAUUGAAAUUAAUAAACCAACAUACAAUACAUGGGACCUUUCCUAGAGGCUCUAGUAGAAGCUAGAUGCCUUGCUUGUAUUCCAGACUCCUUUUAAGUCAGAGCAAAAGCACCUGAGUACAAUGAAUGAAUUCAGAAGGAAGUCAAGCAAAAGGUGUGACCUUGACAAGACAUCCCACAUGCUGUCCCAAACAAAAGGAGAUAGGUUUGGUAGCUUAUUGCUGACUCCAGUGAAGGCCAGGGUGAAAGCAGUCUUUCUGCUGAGAUCAAAAUAACAAAGCAGCUGGGUAUAGCAGUGGCUCCCCAUAGUGGAAGUAUGUCAUUUGUUUUUAAGUUCUAGAAGCCCACAGUUUAGACGUUGCCUGAGUCAUUGAUGAAAUGUGCACUGAAGUCUUUUAACUCUUGAAAUUGUUAAGUAUUCUGUGGACCUUUCAAACCUGAUCCUAUUUUACUUAUGAGGUGAAUUAAGAUUUGGGGAAAAAAAAAGAGUGUUAUAAUUUAAAUUUAUGUAGCUGGAGCCAGCACAAUGGCUUUGGGAGCAAGCUUGAUUGCCAUCAAGACCCACACCUGUAUUUGUAUUCCCAGUACUGACAAAACAGUGGUAAGCACAGAGUGAAUUACCUCUGAAGGUUGUCCUCUGAAUUCUAUGCAUGGGAGCACACAGACCAUAUGUGUUCAUAUGUGCACACACACACACAUCGCAAAAUAAACUUAAAAUGUAUCAUUUUAGCUGUGUUUGUGUUGCAUGUAGACAUGGUGUAAUGAGCCUAUAAGACAGCAGAGCUGUCAGGAGCAAAGUUAAGAGACAUUUUUGGUGACAGUGACUGGGCAACACCCCUAAGACAUUGAGAGCUUGUAAGACAGCAGAGCUGUCAAGGAUAGAUAAGAAGAUUUUCCUAAUGACAGUAACUAAGUAACGCCCUUAAGGCAGCUGGCCUGUGUGUGUGUGUGUGUGUGUGUGUGUAAGGAUGAUAAGCUAAGCGAUGCUCUGAAAUAAAGUAUAAAAAUUAAAGUAACUCCCUUAAGACAUUAAGUAAUGAAAUUGGGUAAUGUCAGCUGAUUAGCAGCUUGUACAUGUGCGUGUGAAAGAGCAAUAAGCCAAGCCAUGCCCCAAAAAGUGUAUAAACUGCAGCCUGAGCCUACACAGGCGCGGCAGGCUAGACUCAUGAUGAGGAAGCCACAAGAUCACUAAUAUUCAGCCUGUUCCCAAAUGGCUGUUUGGAAAUCCCAAACCACCUUAACAAACAGGCUCUGAAAGGACUCCCGAUCAACCGCAUUUCCUUCGCAUCUGAGGCCCGGCUGGAGCAGAGAAACUCCGAGGCCUAUUAAGUCAUCAGAAGACGCGUUUGAGGUCCGGCUGGAACUGCAAAGUUCCAGGGCCUAGAAGCCACCGUCGCCGGCAGCAAAGGUGUCUAAGCCCGUACCUGUGUCCAGGUUGUAGUCCCCGUACGAUGUAUAAUGUGCUAUGUAAUUCUUAGAUAUCUGUGUGAUUUGUGUGAUUAAAGCAGCAUUCAAAAAUCA